CCAACACCACCACUCAUACCAACACUCCUUUCCCUCCCCCCCCCCUCCCACUCGCGGCCAUGGCUGCAACCAACGGCGCCUCCUCGGCAGCCACCUACCUCGACGCCAUCUACAAGGCUCCCUCUGCAGAGGACUGCCACAAGGCAGCCGAUGGCCUCGCAGAGUACAUCAACCAGCACGGACUCCGCGUAAUCGAGAGCGAGGCCAUCAUCCCUUCCCUCCUCAAGGCCGCCCGCAACAAGAAGAGCGGAUACGAGAGGGAAGCUGCUGCCAUUGCCCUCGGAGCCAUCUUCUCAAAAGUAGCUGGAAAGAAUGCUCCCUCGCCCCUCGGAGCUGAGCCAUGGCUUCUGCCACAGACCCUCCCUACCCUCCUGGAACUCUACGCCGACAAGGGUGAUGUGGUCCAAGAGGCAGCUCAGAGUGCCGUCGGACAGCUCUUCGUCCUCGCACCUCCCGAGUCCGUACCUGAGCUCCUGGCUGUCCUCUAUGCUACCCUCGAGUCCAGCGCUUCCAAGUGGCAGAGCAAGGUGGGAGCACUCAAGCUCAUCGGAAAGCUCAGUGACUCUUGCAGCGAACAGAUUGGAGAGCAGCUCCCUCACCUGAUCCCCUACCUCACUAACGCUAUGCACGAGACCAAGGCCGAGAUCUCCAAGGCCGCCGUCAAGGCCGCUACCAAAGUCUGUGGUGUCAUUGACAACAACGACAUCCGGCCGUACAUCCCCGACCUGGUUGAGACCAUGCGAGCUCCCGAUACAGUCGCAGCUACCGUCAAGAAGCUCUCCUCUACUACCUUUGUUGCCGAGGUCACUGGACCCGCUCUGGCCGUCAUGGUCCCCCUCCUCGUCCGAGCUCUCGGCGAAAGGAACCAGACCGUCCAGCGUCAGACUGUCAUUGUCGUAGACAAUCUUUGCAAGCUGGUCCGAGACCCUCACGAGGCCGCUCGUUUCCUGCCCGCUCUCACACCCGGUGUGGAGAGGAUCGAGGUUUCUGCCUCUUUCCCUGAGGUACGAGAGUACGCCAAGGCAGCUUCUAAUACUCUGAAAGCCGCUACCAAGCUCGUCGGCGAGGCCAAGGCAUCUGACGAGGACCCCGUCGGUGUAUUUGAGCAGGCCAAGUCGGCUGCUUCUGACGCCAUCAUUGCUGCUAUCCAGGGCCACGUACCCGAAGAGCACGCAAACGUCAAGUCGGACGAAUUUGCCCUCCUGGGUAUCAACUGGAUGGCCGGUCUGGUCGCCCGCCUCGCUGAAAAGCGAAUCGUCCAGGCAACUCCCUGGGACGAGGUCUACGUCUUGCCCUACCUCCGAAGGCUCUGCAAGUCUCCUGAGGAAGCCAAGAUCGUCUGCGACUCUCUCCGCCAGACAUACUCUGAGAUCGACCGAACUCGCUUCGGCAAGCCCGAAGAGGAGGAUGACGAGGUCGGAGAGUGCGUUUGCCGGAUUGAGUUCUCUCUGGCUUACGGUGGUCUGCUGCUGCUCAACCACACCACCCUCAAGCUCUACCGAGGCAGGAGGUACGGAAUUGUCGCCGCCAACGGAAGCGGUAAGAGUACCUUGCUAAAGGCUAUGCGUGACGGAAAGGUGGAGGGCUACCCUCAGGAUCUCGUCACGGUCAUGGUGGAGCACAACCAGGGUGAGGACGCUUCAAUUCCCAUCAUCGAGUUCAUUGCCAAGGACCCUCGUCUGGCCGGCAAGACUAAGGACCAGGUCCGCGCUAAGCUCGCUGACGUCGGCUUCGACGACGAGAGGCAGUCCAACCCUGUCGCCUCGCUGUCUGGAGGAUGGAAGAUGAAGCUCGAGCUGGCCAGGGCUAUGCUCAUUGGUGCCGAUGUGCUCCUGCUUGAUGAGCCCACAAACCAUUUGGAUGUCGGCUCGGUCGCCUGGCUGGAGAACUACCUGAUCUCCAACGACAACAUCACUGUCCUGACUGUCUCUCACGAUGUUGGCUUCCUUGACACUGUCUGCACGGACAUCAUUGCUUAUGAGUCCAAGAAGCUGAAGUACUACAAGGGCAACUUGUCCAAGUUUAUUGCCACCAAGCCCGAGGCCAAGUCUUACAUCUCGCUAGCUGCUACCUCCGUCAAAUUCUCGUUCCCCCCGCCCGGUUCUCUAAUGGGUAUUCGUUCCAACACCAGGACGAUCUUGAAGGUGUCAAACAUCACCUACACUUACCCUGGCAUGAAGAAGCCUUCUAUCAGCAACGCCUCUUGCGCUCUGUCCCUCUCGUCCCGUGUGGGAGUGCUCGGACCCAACGGUGCUGGAAAGUCGACCUUGAUCAAGGUGUUGACCGAGGAGGUCAUUCCUCAGGAAGGAAAGGUUGAGAAGCACCCCAACCUGCGAGUUGCCACAUUGCACCAGCACGCUUUCCACCAUCUGGAGCAGCAUCUGGAGAAGACUGCCUGCGAGUACAUCCGAUGGCGUUACAGUGACGGGUCCGACAAGGAGAUGAACGAGAAGGCCAGCCGAAAGAUCUCGGAAGAGGAGGCUGAGCAAUUAGCCCAGCCCAUUACAUCUACCACUGGUCAGACUAGAUUCGUCGAGUUCAUCAUUGGUAGGAGGAAGAUGAAGAGGGGCUUCGAGUACGAGAUCAAGUGGAAGGGAAUGCAGCACAAGGACAACUCUUGGAUCCCUCGUGAUCGGUUGAACGAGCUUGGCUUCUCCAAGCUGGUCGGACGAUUUGAUGAUGUCGAGAAUGCCCGAGAGGGAUCUGGUGCUAGGGAGCUGAGCCAGAAGGCUAUCCGUGCCCAGCUCGAAGCCGUCGGUCUCAACGGUGAGAUUGCCGAGCACAACGAGGUGAGCGGUCUAUCCGGUGGUCAGAAGGUCAAGGUCGUCCUUGCCGCGGCCAUGUGGUCUGCACCACAGCUGCUGGUGCUGGACGAGCCUACCAACUACCUGGACCGAGAGGCUCUGGGAGGUCUGUCAGAAGCCAUUCGAGCUUGGGGAGGUGCCGUCAUCUGUAUCUCCCACCAAAUGGAGUUCGUCGAUGCCCUCUUCCCCGAGAGGUGGCACGUUGAGGACGGUAAGCUGCUGAAUAAGAGCCGCAUUGGCACCCUCAAUGGUCUGGAGGACAUCAACAGCAUCGGCGACGAUGCCUCUACACCCGGGGGUACCCCAGGUGUGAUGAGUCCCGCUCUGCGCUCCAAGGUCGGCACACCCAUGGCCAGCGCCGCACCUAGCACUGCCGCCUCUAGCAACGCUGCCACCCCAGCCGGCUCAGGUGACGAAGCUUUGGAAGACCAGGACAUGUCUAAGCUCAAGGGAGCCAAGGGUAGGAAGAAGAAGAGUAGGAACGAACUCAAGGCACAGGAAGAGAGGAGGAGAAUGAGAGUCUUGGCGUUCUUGAGCACGGGUGUGAGGGAACCGGAUACCGAGGAGGAGGAUGAAGGACCGAAGAAGCCUCUCAGGAAGGGCAAGAAGUGAGCGGGUGCACGAGACGUCUGCGCCUGCAUCUGCGUUGUGCUCUUUCUGUCCUUCUCCGAGGUGAAAGGACUUUGACUCCUGUGCUACCCCCCAUCCGUUUUCCUUGGUCUGUCAUUCUCCCUACCUAGACUAGAUUCCUUUUCGACCUGUGUUUUUCUGCCUCCUAGCACACGCUUUGCUUCAAUAUCAUCGACGUGACAUACAAACCCUGUCUCUCGCCUCCGUCUGCCCCG